CACAGUCAUCCAAUAAAAUGCGGCACAAAACGUCUCUUCACUUUUCGACAAGUUUUCGAGAGAAAAGUGGAACUAAGCACAACCUGUAUACUGGCAGAAUUAUACGAAAGUCAACGAAAAUAUAAUGAAGCAAAAGGGCUUCAGUUCAAAGCACUUGAAAAGGCAGAGAAAAUUGGCCACAGGGAAACAGAAGCCAAAUGCUAUUUAAACCUAGGACAUAUCUUUGCUUCACUCAGUGAAUAUGUCAAGGCUAAAGAACAUUCCGAAAAAGGACUUGCAAUCGCAGAGAAAAUUGGCGACAGGGAAACAGAAGCCAAAUGCUAUGUAAACCUAGGACUUAUCUUUAAGCAUCUCGGUGAAUAUGUCAAGGCUAAAGAACAUUCCGAAAAAGGACUUGCAAUCGCAGAGAAAAUUGGCGACAGGGAAACAGAAGCCACGUGCUAUGGAACUCUGGGAACUAUCUUUAAUGAUCUCGGUGAAUAUGUCAAGGCUAAAGAACAUUACGAAAAAGGACUUGCAAUCGCAGAGAAAAUUGGCGACAGGGAAACAGAAGCCAAAUGCUAUAUAAACCUAGGACUUAUCUUUAAGCAUCUCGGUGAAUAUGUCAAGGCUAAAGAACAUUCCGAAAAAGGACUUGCAAUCGCAGAGAAAAUUGGCGACAGGGAAACAGAAGCCAAAUGCAGUGUAAACCUAGGACAUAUCUUUGCUUCACUUAGUGAAUAUGUCAAGGCUAAAGAACAUUCCGAAAAAGGACUUGCAAUCGCAGAGAAAAUUGGCGACAGGGAAACAGAAGCCACAUGCUAUGUAAACCUAGGAUCUAUCUUUACGCAUCUCGGUGAAUAUGUCAAGGCUAAAGAACAUUCCGAAAAAGGACUUGCAAUCGCAGAGAAAAUUGGCGACAGGGGAAUAGAAGCCACUUGCUGUCGAAACCUAGGAAAUCUCUUUUAUUCUCUUGAUGAACAUGUCAAGGCUAAAGAACAUUAUGAAAAAGCACUUGCAAUCGUUGCAGUCUCAGAGAAAAUCGACGACAGGGAAAUAGAAGGCAGUUGCUAUCUAAACCUUGGAAGUCUGUUUUGUUCGCUCGGUGAAUAUGUCAAGGCUAAAGAAUGCCUCGAAAAAGCCCUUGUAUUGGACGAAAAGUGUGGGGACAUCGAAGGCGAGUCACUUUGUCACUUUCUUCUUUCAGUUUGUAUGUUUAAAGAAGGCAACACAUCUGAAGGUAAAUCAAAUGCCUUUGUCAGUUUGAAUAAGGUAGAAGGUAUUCGACGUCUCCAGGUGCAUGAUAAAUUCAAGAUAUCGUAUUUUGACGGAAAGGUUAGUAACUACCGAGUGCUCAGUCAAUUUCUUUGUGCUGACUUCCCAAACGAAGCUUUUAAAAUAGAAGAAUUUGGGCGAGCCAGGGCCCUUACAGACUUAAUGUCAGCUCGGUACUCUGUAGAAAACGAAAUACCAGUCAGUCUACAAACAUGGUAUGAUGUUGAAAGUAUCGUCAAGAAAGAAUCCAACUGUGCUUGUCUUUAUAUGUCAUACUUAGGACAACUGAUAAAUUUGUGGGUUGUUCAAGCAGAAAACCCUUUAAUUUUCCGGCAAAUUAGGGUCAAUGAUGUUUUUGGAUCAGUAAGCAGAGUGGCUGACUUGCUUUGUCGCGAAAUUUACAGAGAAGUACUUUUUUUAGCUCCUGAACAGUGCGAGGAUCGAUCCUGGUUUCCCUCAAACGCUUACUCGGAGCAGGGGUGUGAACGUCCAAUUGUAGAAGAAGAUGAGAAUGAAAACCAGCAACCCGAGCUUACUCCUGCUUAUGCCUACAAAAUGGUCAUUGCUCCUGUAGCCGACUAUCUUAAUGAGCCUGAAAUCAUCAUUGUUCCUGAUCGCCUCUUUUACAAAGUUCCAUUUGCAGCGCUGGAAGAAGAAAGUGGAAAGUAUUUAGCAGAGUCUUUCAGGAUCCGCAUCGUUCCCUCUUUGACGACUCUAAAGCUUAUUCAGGACAGUCCGCCAGACUAUCACAGUCAGACUGGUGUGCUGAUAGUGGGGGACCCUCAUGUUGGUGACGUGUUGUACAAGGGAAUUCUUCGGCAGAUAUCGAGGCUGUCUUUUGCAAAUAUGGAAGCAAAGAUGAUUGGAAAACUGUUCGGUACUCAACCUCUGCUCGGAAAACAAGCUACAAAGCAGGCGGUCCUUCAAAACAUUCAUUCUGUGUCUCUGAUACAUUUUGCUUGUCACGGUAAUGCUGAAAGAGGUGAAAUUAUUCUUGCUCCUCCACCCCUCACUGAUAGGAGACCUCAAGAAGAAGACUACUUAUUGACUAUGGAGAACAUUUCGAAAGUUCAACUGCGAGCCAAACUGGUGGUCCUUAGCUGCUGUCACAGUGCAGAAGGACAAACCAGUGCCGAGGGAGUUGUUGGAAUUGCUCGCGCAUUUUUAGGAUCCGGCGCACGCUCAGUGUUGGCGGCACUGUGGGCCAUAGAAGACGAAGCAACAGAGCAGUUCAUGAGUCGUUUCUAUGAGAGUCUUGUUCGUGGGAAAAGCGCCAGUGAAUCCCUUCAACAGGCCAUGAAGUGGAUGAGAGAAAACGGUUUUUCCGAGGUGACGCAGUGGGCGCCAUUUAUGCUUAUUGGAGACAACGUGACGUUGGAUAUUCGCAAGUUGAGGUCAUGGAAAGGACAGUAG